UACGCGCGUUUUUUUCCUUCUUGCACACAUUGCUCAAAGAACCAAACGUAUGCGACACAUCGUCUGCAACUCAUGCGAAGGGUGACUUAACCUCACUCGCGAAACUCCACUUUUGAUUUCGUCAUUCCGGCUUUCAUUCGUUCCCUUCGAACAAUGAAAAGUCGGCGAUGAGGCAAAGUUAAAGAAAAGAAAAGAGAAAACGAUUGUCUAAUGAGCAACAAUGCUGAGCACGUGGAGCAGAUGUUCUCGUUUGAUAAGCCGAUGCGCCAAAGUAGUACCGUCGAGUGCAUCGAGCUGGCCGUCGCGCGAAGCACGUUGCCUCGACCUGCGGAAAAUUAGCGUUCUGGCCGGUAUUUGCCAGCAGUCCACGAAAAAUGAAUUGAAGAGGCGAUUGAAAGCUGAGCAAAAAUUAAAGGAGAAAGCUGAAAAAGAAACUAAAAAGCAAGAAGGGGCAAAAGAUGCUAAAUCUGUUCAAGAGGCUGAUCCAAACAAAAUAUCGGAGGAAAAUAUUAGCCCCAAUGAGUAUUUUAAACUUAGGAGCCAAGCCGUAGAAAAGCUGAAAGCUUCUGGAGAUCAUCCAUAUCCUCAUAAAUUCAAUGUAACUAUUUCGCUACAAGACUUUAUUGAACAGUACAGUACAAAAGUAAGCGAUGGAGAAGUUAUGGAAAAUGUCAGUGUUAGCAUUGCUGGCCGUGUACAUUCUAUCAGAGCUUCUGGUGCCAAGCUUAUUUUCUACGAUCUUCGUGGUGAAGGAGUCAAAGUUCAAGUUAUGGCCAAUGCUAGACAUUAUCACAGUGAAGAAAAAUUUGCACCAGAAACUGGAAAAAUAGGUCGUGGUGAUAUUAUUGGAGUUGUUGGUCACCCAUGUAAAAGUAAAAAGGGUGAAUUUUCAAUUAUGCCCAAAAGCAUUACACUUCUCAGCCCUUGUCUGCACAUGCUUCCUCAUUUACAUUUUGGAUUGAAAGACAAGGAAACGAGAUUUAGGCAGCGUUACUUAGAUCUUAUUUUAAAUGAAUACGUCAGACAAAAAUUCUAUGUUCGUGCCAAAAUUAUUUCAUAUGUUCGCAAGUUCCUUGAUGAUUUAGGCUUUUUAGAAAUUGAAACACCUAUGAUGAAUAUGAUAGCAGGAGGUGCUACUGCCAAACCUUUCAUAACUCAUCACAAUGAUCUUAAUAUGGAUCUUUUCAUGAGGAUUGCCCCUGAACUUUAUCACAAGAUGUUGGUUGUUGGUGGAAUCGAUAGAGUUUAUGAAAUUGGUAGGCAAUUUAGGAAUGAAGGCAUUGACAUGACUCACAAUCCAGAAUUCACUACAUGUGAAUUCUACAUGGCUUAUGCAGAUUAUAACGAUAUUAUGCAGAUAACUGAGUCAAUGAUUUCUGGCAUGGUAAAAACAAUUCAUGGAUCUUACAAAGUUAAGUAUCAUCCAGAUGGAGAGGGUGGUGAAGAGGUGGAAAUUGACUUUACACCUCCUUUCAAACGUGUUUCAAUGAUUAAGACAUUAGAAGAGGAACUCAAAGUGAAAUUUCCAAAUGCGAAUGAACUCAAUACACCAGAAACUAAUAAAUUCCUCAGCGAUUUGUGUACCAAACAUGAAGUGGAAUGUCCUGCUCCAAGAACAACUGCUAGAUUACUUGACAAACUUGUAGGAGAUUUCAUAGAAGAAAAGUGCAUUAAUCCCACUUUCAUUAUGGACCAUCCUCAAAUUAUGUCACCUCUUGCUAAAUGGCAUCGGGAUCUUCCUGGACUUACAGAACGAUUUGAACUUUUUGUCAUGAAAAAAGAAAUCUGUAAUGCAUACACAGAAUUGAAUGAUCCAUUCGUACAAAGAGAAAGGUUUGAACAACAAGCCAAAGACAAAGCUGCUGGUGACGAUGAAGCUCAAUUAGUUGAUGAAAACUUUUGUACUGCACUUGAAUAUGGGCUUCCACCAACAGGUGGUUGGGGUCUAGGAAUCGACCGUUUAACAAUGUUCCUAACUGACUCUAAUAAUAUUAAGGUACAUCUCAAUUUAUCAUACAUACAAAAAGUUUUGAUUAAUUUUUGUCUAAAUAAUUUUUUUUUUUUACAGGAAGUAUUAUUCUUCCCAGCAAUGAAACCUGACGAUCCAAAUAGGAAUAAAGAAACAACAGAAGAAAACCCUGCUGUCAAAAAUCAAAACGCAGAAAAAUAAUUUACAAACAAACAACGUUAAAUUUUGAAUAAAUAUAAUUUACCAGAA